AUGUCCCUCAGUCCACGGCCGCACACAACACCGUUUUCAGUAACAGACAUUCUAAGUCCUAUCGAGGAGACUUACAAGAGGACAACUAUCGAGGCGAACAUCCCUCCGCUUACCCCCUACAGGAACCACACCCAACACCCAACCCAUCAGAUGGGCAGCAUGAGUGCCACCAACCCCUACCACACGGGAUAUGUGCCUCCCCUGUCCCAUCACACACCAAGCUUCCCACCGCAGUACUGCAAUGCCCCGGACUUUGGAUACGGAGACCCGCGGACGUCUAGUGCUUCAUGGUAUAGCAAUAACAGGGACGCUGGAUUUACACUGUCCAGACUCAUCAACGGCCCAAGCUCAUGUGCUAUGUCCCCAAUGCCGUCUGGAAUGAACAUGAACCAUGUCAAUAUGUCAGCCCUCAGUGGGUUCGAGCACAGUAAGCCCCAAGGAAUCCAGUUCCCCAUCACUCAGCGGCGAAAGAGACGCGUGCUUUUCUCACAAGCCCAGGUCUACGAGCUAGAGAGGAGAUUUAAACAGCAAAAGUAUCUGUCGGCCCCUGAACGUGAACAUCUGGCCAGUAUGAUAAAUCUGACUCCAACACAAGUGAAAAUUUGGUUCCAGAAUCACCGUUACAAGUGCAAACGUCAAAUCAAAGACAAAGACAAGCACGACCCCCAGUCUCCCGCCAGCUCCCCCUCUGCGUCAUCGCAACAGUCCUCACCCGGACAACAGACUCAGAACUCUCACCCCACCCAGUCCUCACCUAGGCGGGUGGCAGUGCCUGUCUUAAUCAAAGACGGCAAGUCGUGUUCCACUUCCGGUGACACGCAAACUUCAACGCACGUUCAGCAGUCGUCACAGCAAAAUUCCAUGGCAACUUCGCGCGUCAGUGCUUCAUCUCAGGUAACAACUUCCGGUGGACAUCAUUCAACGUCACAUCAUAGCUCCAGCACUAAAUCUCUGCAGAACUCUCAUUCCCUAAACACACCACCUUUAUCGGCUCACUGUGGCCCGAACUCACACCCAACUCUCAAUGGAGGUAUUCAUCAAAACCUGCAUUAUCAGCCUUCAGGUAUGACUGGAAGUAGUUUGGGCUCAUCUCCGUACAUUCUAAAUGGUAGAACAUGGUGA